CAGGGAUUUUUUCGACGCUGUAUCACCCAGGGUAUGACACAUAAAUGUGCCAAUGAAGAAAAAUGUGAAAUUACGCCUUUUACACGGAAUAGCUGUCAAUUCUGUAGAUUGAGAAAAUGUUUCGAAGUUGGAAUGUCACGAGAAGGUAGGCUAAAACUUUGA